AUGGCUAAAGCAAUAUCAGAAGUAUUUUCUGAAUCUCAACAUAGGCUAUGUGUUUGGCAUAUUUAUCAAAAUGCCGCGACGAAUCUGAGCCAUGUAUUUCAUGCAUCAAGCCAAUUUGCUCAUGAUUUUGGCAACUGUGUGUAUGAUUAUGAAGAUGAAGAUGAAUGGCUAUUGGCAUGGGAAAGUAUGUUGGAUAAAUAUAGUCUCAAAGAGAAUAAAUGGUUGAAAGAGUUAUUUGAAGUAAGAGAAAAAUGGGCAAUGGUUUAUGGACGACACACUUUCACUGCUGACAUGAAAAUUACUCAACGUAGUGAGAGCAUGAAUAGUGUGUUGAAGAAUUACUUAAAGCCAAAGCUUAAUCUUUUGUGUUUCUUGGAGCAUUAUGAGAGGGUUUUGAAUGAUCGGCGAUAUGAAGAGCUAUUUGCAGAUUUCAAGAUGAUGCAAAGCAUGCCUGAUUUGUUAACUAAUGUGGAGACUUUAUGUCAUGGUGCAAAAAUUUAUACUCCAAAAAUUUUCAAAUCAUUUCAGGAAGAGUAUAUGAGGUUGGGUGAUUACAAUAUAUACAAAUUGGCUAAGGAAGGGCUAAAAGCUGAAUACAAAGUAUCUUGUGUCGGAAAAUCUCGAGAACAUGUGGUUAAAUUUGAUGUUCCAACACAAACAAUCACUUAUAGUUGUAUGAAGUUCACUUUUAUUGGAAUUUUAUGUGUCCAUGCAUUGAAAGUGUUGGAUAAGAAAAAUAUAAAAAGGAUUCCAUCUCAAUAUAUCAUGAAACGAUGGACAAGAGAUGCAAGAGCAAGGACUAUCACCAACUAUCAUUGUAUUGCAGCCAGUGACAGUCCUACAGUGUCUGUGGGAAAGCGUUACAGCCAUUUGGGUCAAAAUUUUCGUGAAAUUUCAUCUUUAGCCUCAGAACACGAGAAAUUAUACACAUAUGCAAAUGAGCAUGCUCUUAUGUUGCUUAAUGGCUUAGAGAAGAUGAAGAAAGAAACUUUCUUAAGAGGUACUGAAAGUUCAGUUUGUCAAAAUGAGGAAGGUGAAAUGAUAGCUCCACGAAAUGAUUGUGUGCUGAUAGGGGUUAAAAGAAAAGCCACAGAGCCGGUUUCCAGUGCUUAUAAUUUACAAGAGCAACAAGCUGGAGCUGGACAUGGAGUUGCUCAGCAAACAUUUGAUAAUUUGACUCAACAACUAUUGGUUAGUAUUGUGGAUUUUCUGAGUUAUAGUUUGUCAUUCUCAGCUUUUUAA